CUCCACCAGCGUUCUCUGCCCAUUAGUGGAGUCAGCUCCUGUGUUGAAAGACCGAGGGGACCGUUCUUACAGGAUAUCUUUCUCUCCCAAAACAACUUAACACCAACAUGACGUCUAAUUCUAAUUUAUCUAACAUGAGACGGUUGGUGGAGCAGCUGAAGCUGGAGGCAAGUGUGGAAAGAAUCAAGGUGUCUCAGGCAGCUGCAGAGCUGCAGCAGUAUUGUCUGCAGAACGCUGGCAAAGACGCCCUGCUGGUGGGAGUCCCCACGGGCAGUAACCCUUUCAGAGAGCCUCGCUCCUGUGCUGUGGUGUGAAGUGGAAGAAGAAGGGGACACAGCCUCAUUUCACUCACAGAGGAGAGGAAAUUACAUUUUGUUUUAGAUCUUUUUAUUUGGAUGUUAAUUUCUUUUAGGAUGUUCUGUUUGGUUUUUUAUUUUAAAUAAGCGUCUUGUUUAACUGUACUGUGUUACCAUAAAAUUAGUGUCUUUAAUAAAACUACAUGCCUUCCA